AUGGCCGCGUGCGGGGCCAGGCCGCCCUUCGCGCAGGUGCGGAGCCGCUGGGGCCCGGCCUGGGCCGGAGCCCGCCCGAGCUGCUCGGCGUCCCCCUGGGGGGCCCUGCGCCGCGCGCUGCUGCCGCCCGUCUGCCAGGCGGGACACCCCUUGCUGCGGGCGGCGGCUGCCGCCGUGGACCCCGCGCUCAUCGCCAGCGCCGACGUGCAGCGCCUGAUCCGGACGCUGGUGCGGGUGAUGCGGCGGCUGCCGUGCGUGGGGCUGAGCGCGCCCCAGCUCGGGGUGCCCCUGCAGCUCUUCGUGGCCGAGCUCCCCGAGCGGCUGCACCUGGCGACCAGCCCGAGCCUGCGGGAGGCCCGGCAGAUGGCCCCGUUCCCGCUGAAAGUGUUCGUGAACCCGGCCAUGCGGGUGCUGGACUCCCGCCUGGUCUCCUUCCCCGAGGGCUGCGCGAGCAUCGCGGGCUUUGCCGCCUGUGUGCCCCGGUUCCAGGCGGUGCAGGUGUCAGGCCUGAAUGAGGCAGGAGAUGCCGUUUCUUGGCAGGCAAGCGGGUGGGCAGCCCGCAUCCUCCAGCAUGAGAUGGACCACCUGCAGGGCAUCCUGUACAUCGACAAAAUGGAGAGCCGGACCUUUGUGAAUACAUGCUGGACGGAGCUGAAUGACUGAGCCCCUCACGUGCUGCAUCAUGGACAGCUGGACUGACUGGCUUAGGUUGGGGUGUGCCCUCCACUCUGACCAAGGGCACGAUGGCUGUGCUGGGAGUCUCUGGCAGCAGGUGGUAGCUCUCCCACCGACAGCAAGGGAAAUAAAUGUGUUCCACAGCUCA